AUGAAGAUUCUUUACCUGCUCUUUGCUGUCAUCUUCUUGGUGCUCAUGGAUGCCUCAGGUUUCUCCCAUGCUCUGGUGACCCAAAAAGGGUGUAGACGCCUUCGGGGUGAAUGUAACUUUUGGCGAUGUCCCACCAAUACUAUAUACCUUGACAAAUGCUUUUUUGGCCAUUGCUGUCGAAGUGGGAAAAUUGUUGCUGGUGAUAACCCACUGGCUGGGUGGCCCUCUGAGGAAAACAUCAAAAAAACUGAUUCUCUUUUCUUUGUACAGGAGAAUUGCUCGCUGAUUGUCUAA